AUGUCGUACUGCCAGCAGAUCGAGGGUGUGCAGCUGGACAUGGCCGUUGUCGAUGCUUGCGCUGCUGCUGUUCAGGGCAAAGGCAAUGGACGUGUUUCCAGUGAGGACGCGCACCAGGUCUUCAAGUACAUCAAAGAUGACAAUAAGGUGACAAGCAACGACGAGCUGUGGGCUCUGCGAUACUGUUUGACAGAGUUCAACUUCACGGAGGCUGCCGGGGACUGGAUCACUUCAGCAGUUGGGGCCAUCAGCAAGCGGGAUCAGGUCAAGGCCCCCCAGGGUGGCUCUUCGAAGAGCUGCUACGAGCAGGUCGAUGGCGUGGAGUGUGAUCGCGAGCUCUUGGAGGUUUGCAAAGCGGUAGCCGGCACUGGUGAUGGACGUUUGUCCAAGGACGAUGCCGAGAAGCUGCCAAAAGAUGUUGGUCCCAAGGUCAUGGACACACAGAAGUGGAGCGUCCGGCUUUGCCUGUCAGACUUUUUUUGGACGGAAACCGCUCACGACUUCAUCGUCGAAGAGCUGAAGGCGUCGCCAAGGAAGCGGCCGGCGGAGGCCACCGUCGGAAGAGGUUUUGGACGAUGA